UAUAUCAACGCGUGGCUCGGCUCAUGUCUGCAUGCCUGUUUCCAGAAAGUUGAAGAGGCAGAAGGCGGCUGCAGCUGGAAGUUUUUACACAUUCACCAAACUGCGUGAGGCGAAACAGAAGGAGAUCCCAUUUGAAACCACGGAAGGGUGAAGGACCACAACUGAUACGAGGUUCAGAGAGACACCACGCUCAGACACAGAGACUUCUUGAAAAGUAGAAAACUCCCAAGGCUUUUCAGAGGAACAGAAGCUUAUUAAAGAUGAACAAUUUCUGAACGGAGAUCCGUAGGAAGGCUGUCCAUCAAUUUUGACAAUAAACCGACAAAGAGAAAAGCCUUCCUCCGUUCGCUGCCAUGGACUCAGGAAAGCAAGUAACGUUCCCCUUGUUGAUGAGCGUUGGCACUGCGGUGAUUGGCUCCCUGCAGUUUGGAUACAACACAGGUGUCAUCAAUGCUCCACAGAAGAUCAUUGAGAAUUUCAUCAAUGAGACGUAUCAAGAACGUUACCAGGAGCCCAUCACCAGCGGCUUCCUCACAGCAAUCUGGACCAUUUCUGUAUCCAUCUUCUCUAUCGGAGGCAUUUUUGGUUCCUUCUCUGUCGGAUUCUUUGUCAACCGUUUGGGAAGGAGGAACUCCAUGCUCAUAGCCAACAUUUUAGCCUUCAUCGCAUCUGCUUUGAUGGGUUUUUCAAAGAUGGCCAGCUCUUGGGAAAUGCUCAUUAUUGGUCGUUUUGUAGUGGGUCUCUUCUCCGGCCUCUGCACUGGUUUUGUGCCCAUGUAUGUUGGCGAAGUUUCCCCAACGGCCCUUCGAGGCGCGUUGGGCACGCUGCACCAGCUAGGAAUUGUCAUAGGCAUCCUCAUUGCACAGGUAUUCGGGUUGGAGAUGAUCAUGGGUAACGCUGAGUUAUGGCCUCUGCUGCUGGGCUUCCUCUUCAUCCCGGCUGUGAUACAAACUGUCCUGCUCCCGCUGUGCCCAGAGAGCCCCCGUUUUCUGCUCAUCAACAAGAAUGAAGAGAAUAAAGCCAAAACAGUCCUGAAGAAGCUCAGAGGGACAACAGAUGUGAGUUCUGACAUGCAGGAGAUGAAGGAGGAAAGCCGGCAGAUGAUGAGGGAGAAAAAAGUGACCAUCUUGGAGCUUUUCCGCUCUCCGCUCUAUCGCCAGCCCAUCAUUAUCGCCAUCAUCCUGCAGCUCUCCCAGCAGUUCUCUGGAAUCAAUGCUGUCUUCUAUUUCUCCACAAGCAUCUUUGAGAAAGCCAAAGUUCCACAGCCAAUUUAUGCCACCAUCGGAACUGGUGUUGUUAACACUGCUUUCACUGUAGUUUCUCUGUUUGUUGUGGAACGUGCAGGACGCAGAACUUUGCACCUCUUGGGACUGAUGGGCAUGGCUGCGUCAGCCGUCCUGAUGACCAUAGCAAUGGCUCUGCAGGAAAAUCUCGAGUGGAUGUCCUAUUUAAGCAUUGUGGCCAUUUUCGCCUUUGUGGCAUUCUUUGAAAUGGGCCCAGGUCCCAUCCCCUGGUUUAUCGUGGCAGAGUUGUUCUCUCAGGGACCCAGGCCGUCGGCCAUGGCUGUAGCUGGUUUCUCCAACUGGACAUCCAACUUUAUAGUGGCACAAAGCUUCCAGUAUGUAGAGAAACUCUGCGGUCCCUACGUGUUUAUCAUCUUUACUAUCCUGCUGCUCUUCUUCUUCAUCUUCACGUACUUCAAAGUGCCAGAGACCCGGGGCCGGACGUUUGACGACAUCAGUGCCGGAUUCCGCCAGACGGCCGGAAUCGGAGCAGAGAAGCACUCGCCGGAGGAGCUGAACAGCCUGGGAGCGGACUCUCAGCUCUGAGCGAAUGGUUGCAAAUGUUUCAGACAAACUCUUUUUCACAGGCCGAGUGCGAGCUGGAUGGGUCCGCUGGUUAGAAGUAGACAGAUCUUCUGGUCGGACUAAUUUUUACUCUGUCACCACAUUUCGGACAUCGACUCCAAAUCGGCGGUUUCUGCUGCUUUGCUCUCAUUGCGUAAAACAGAUAUAAGAAAAGAUAAUAAUAAUAAAAAAGAAAGCCUCCAUAUUUGAGGUGUCCUCUGACUGUAGGGAAGAGAGGAGCUGACGAGAAAUUUGGAGGAUUUUGAUAUUUUGGAAAUAUUUUUAAAGGAAAAAAUGAAUUUGCAUCACUCGACCAGUUUCUGUCACCUGUUUUUUUUUUUAGUAUUUUACUGAUAUGUUCUUUACUGCUCAGUGUGAUAAUAAACUCAGCACAAGGAGUUUAUUAUCUGGCUAAAGAGUUCUAUAACUGUAAAAAAAAAAAGUUCACUGUGGAGAGAUUCUUAUUUUUAUCGACCAUACUGUAUUGCUUCAUAUUUUAAGACUCCGGCGCCAUUGUGCUACUGUGUUCUUCCUCCAGAUGGGGCUAUUACUUUACAAAAGGUGCCCAAUGUUCCACUUUGACAAAACAGAAUGAAGUUACAUAGUAUACAAACUGUGCUGGCAAGCAGUUGAAUGUUUCUUAAAUUAACUCCUUGUUUGGUUACGAUGUCAAAUUUUAUUCAGCUUAAAAAGACAUGUUAUACAUAAUAUGUCUAUUUUUUUUAAACUAAUAUAUUUGGUUCUUUCUUUAGUUGCUUUCACAACUUAUGAUCUCUGAAGUAAGCUGCAGCAAUUAAAUUAAAUCACUCACAAUCAGCUGCCAUAAAACCAAAAAGUUCCCUCACUUAGGUUUAAGUGUCCGUCUGAAUCAAUGGUGUUACCCCAGCCGUCAAUAAACAUACUUCUGGUCAGGCUGAACUUAUCUAGACUAAACAGCUUCAGUUUAAUUUUGCUAAUGUCCAAGUGUUGCGAGUUUGGUGCAUUAGUUUAAAAAACUAUGUUUUUCUCUUCUGUCUCUUUUAAAAAGAGACAGAAGUAAAUUAGACCAAACUGAACGAGAGGAUUUCUGUUACCCUGAUUAUGUUUCAUUUCUAGUUCUGCUAUGUCGGUGUUUGUUACUGUUUUGCCACCAGUACUGAAUUUAGUAGAGUGUUCCUGCUCUCUUGCUAUUCUGCAGUCAUGUCCUUUACUCUGCACAGAUGUUUGUAAAACAAAACCAAAAAACAAUAACUGAAACAAAUCCGGUUUGCCUUGCUGCACAAAUCGCUGUCUAUCUCUGCUGUAUCCCUUGUGAGAAACUGUGUCUUCUCUCUGAGUUUGAGAAAGGUUAUCAUGUUAGCAGCACUUUAUUAUUCACAAUGAGACCGACGAUGAGGCUAAGUCUGUUACCUUUUGAUGCACAGUGUGUAUACUUUGUCACGACAGUGAGAUGGAAGAACUGCUGACAGAUUUUUAAAGACGUUUUUGGAUGGAACCUUUGGAAGUUUAUCUUCACAAGCCCUUUUUCUGCACAGAUUUGAACCAAACAUAUCACAGCAAUGAAGACAUUUAACAUCAGCAACAAAAAGAAGUUUUUAAUCAUUCGAGGACCAGCAGUUUGCUACAUGUGUAGCAGUUCUUUCCUUUACACUGUAACAUCCACCCUUUGCCUUUGUGUGCCUUUCACUUAAUAUCUCCAUAAAUGUUUUAUAGUAGCAGCACCAUCUGAUGUCUAUUGCUGAUACUAAAACUAUUAAAAUUUCACUCUUGUAUAUAAUUUAAUAAAUAUGUUUGGGCAUUGAAUUGUGGUAUGUAUAGCCUGUGACAUUCAGUCAUAGGCUAUAUAUACCACAAUCCCAGGUUAAAGACAUGGGAUGAAGGCAACACAUGGAUCCACACCCUCCAGAUAACGUAAAUCUUUUACUUUUUAAUGUUGUUUUUCUUUUUUUUACACUUAAAUUAUUAAUGAGGUAGAGCAGCACAUUUUGCCUUAUUUUUCUGACUACAUUUUUUUCCACUUUUCGAUACUGUAACUUUUAGAUUUGCAUGUAAAAUUUUUGUAGUGUUUAGAGGAUUGUGGAAGAAGCCUUUUGUUGGGUAGUAUGAACUGUGAUGGAUGAUGCUGUAAAAAUUGUUGUGUAAAACUUGUGUUUAUCAGACGAAUAAACAAAAUCAUACAAACAGA